AUGUGCUCUGCUCUCUCAGGCCUCCUGGAGUUCUCUCCCGUCCUCCUACGAUACUUCAUCUCAGGGGGGAACUUCACCCUGGCUGAGCUUGGGGUCUGCGAGCCGACUCCCCCUCCGCACCCCAACGCCGUUCCCUACUGUCCUGACCUGGCCCUCCUCCAGAGGGGGUACUCGCUGAGCGCUGGCUCUGAUGCUGACUCGGACCCCGAGGGGCCGCUGUCUCCAGAGCGAGCCAUCCAGCUGUGGGCCGGACAAGGACGGGUUAAGUCCCGUCGCAGCUCGGGAGUGUCCAGUCGCGAGAACUCUGCGCUCACCCUCACAGACUCUGAGAAUGACAACAAGUCUGACGACGAGUCAGCUUACCUAGAUGAUGAUGAGGAGGAUGAGGAUCCAUUUGGGGACUAUGUAAUCAGGGCUGCCAACCACCACAGCCAAUCCACACUACGGCCUCCACUGCCCCCUCCGCACAACCACCACACCUUAUCCCACCAGUCUGCAAACAGUCUGAACAGAAACACUCUGAGAGGGGGACGCAACCCCAUCCACGCCCCGGUUCCGGGUCCUGGAGACGGGCCCACCACCCCCGAGUCUGUUCAGCUGCAAGACAGCUGGGUGCUCAACAGUAACGUCCCGCUGGAGACCAGGCACUUCUUGUUCAAGACAUCGUCAGGGACCACGCCCCUCUUCAGUAGCUCCUCUCCUGGUUACCCUCUGACCUCGGGAACCGUGUAUUCUCCGCCCCCUCGCCUGCUACCCAGAAACACCUUCUCCCGCUCAGCCUUCAAGCUAAAGAAGCCGUCCAAGUACUGCAGCUGGAAAUGUGCCGCGGUGUCAGCCAUCGCAGCUGCUGCCUUGCUGGCCAUCCUACUGUCUUACUUCAUCGGUAAGUGA